AUGACCACUGAUGUAUCAUACAAAACUACCUGUGCUAUUGAUGGUUCAUUUCAUCCCAUUGACUUGACUGACAAUCAACAUAUAUCUCAUUUGAUACGUAUCAUGACAGCCAUUCAACCUAAAAUACUUGUUCAUACAGUGAAUCCAACAAGCAAUACAUUCAAGAGUAUAGACACAGCAAGCAAAUCAUUAGCCAUCACUCAUAUUUAUUUACCAACACAAGAUAUACCACAUACACUUUGGAUGACAGAAUUGCCUUUAGAUACCCUUUCAAAAUGGCAUGAUUUUACAGUCAACAUCAUGGUCAAUACAGACAAGAAACCACAUGCCUUGGCUCGUCUAUUGACAUCAGUAACCAAUGCACACUAUUUGGGUGAUCAAGUGGAUUUGACUGUCUUGUUAGACUAUUCAAGUGACCAAAUUACACAAACAUUUGCUAAUAAUUUUGUAUGGAAUAAGGGAGAAAAGAACAUUCGUCACCGUAUUUCACAAGCAACCAAGGCUUCUGUCUUUGUUGAAUCCUGGUAUCCUUCUAGUCAUGACGAAUAUGCCAUCAUUCUCAAUAACGACGCUGAACUAUCCGAGUAUUUUUAUGUGUGGGUCAAGUAUGCCAUCCUACGCUAUCGUUAUACAGAGAGGGACAACUCCUUAUUUGGUAUUAGUCUGUAUACGCCACGGCUCCUUGAAACAGAUCCUUCUGGUCGUCAUUUCUUUAGUGCCAAUUACCAGUUAAAGAAAGCAAACAGGACAGGACAGGUAGGCCAACCUUAUCGGAUGCAAUGGCCUGGUUACUCGGGUGCUGUCUAUUUCCCUGAACAUUGGCGCGAAUUCCAUGAUUAUAUCACUGCAAGGCAUGCUGAUUUGAAUGGAUUUGAAAUGCAAGAUGUCGUUGUGCCUGGCUUAAGGUCAAAUGAAUGGACAAAAUCAUGGAGACGCUUUAUGGAAGAAUUGAUCUAUUUGCGUGGUUAUGUGAUGCUAUUUCCUAAUUUCCCCAGUAGUCUUUCUACCGUACAUAUAGAAUUAAGAAAGAAAGCGAUGCGAGAACAGUUUCAGGAUGCAGUGUCUUUGUACAAUGUCCCAUUAAUGCAACAAGAUUUGAUCUCCUCAGGAUUAGUACUACCUGACUUGAGGACUUUGCCUAUUUUCGAUAUUUGGGGACAAUUGUCAGAUAUAGAAGAGUUGCAAGAAAGGGGAUUGGAAUUGCAUGAAGAAACCUCUUCUUGCUUACCUUCAAUAGACAAAGAAGACUUGUUUGAUCCCACUGAUUUACUGUGUCCAUUUUCAAGAAUCAAGUCUGUUACACUAGCAAACGAAAAUGAUUCAUUACCAGAACUUUCACCUAUUGAUGUCACUAUCUAUACAUAG